AUGACAGUCAUCUAUCUUGCAGGACAUUUCAAAUCACAGUACAAGUGUGAUGUGGCUAAUUGGUCAAAUCUUUUGGAGGAACUCCUUGAGAUUAUUGUGGGGAGGCUUACAUGUUUUCUUGAUUAUGUUCGAUUUGGUAAUGUAUGCAGAUCAUGGCAAACUGUUAUUAAGAACACACACCACAAUUUAACUUCCUUUGAUCCAUGGUUGAUGCUUCCUGAGAGGGAAGAUAAUAGCAUGAUCCGUGGCUUCUACAUUUUAUCUAGGAGAGAUGUUCUUGAGUUAAAGCUACCUGAAGCUCAUAGAAAGCGUUGCGUUGGAUCUACUAGAGGCUGGCUAGUAAUGGUCGAUAAAAGCUUAUCGAUCAACCUAUUCAAUCCAUGUACCAGGGUCCAAUUUACGCUUCCACAUCAGACGACAUUCCAGGAUCAACAAAAUUAUUUGGAAGAAGGUCUCACUUCAGAAGAACUAAGGAACGUCUUCAUUCUAAAAGUUGUGUUAUCAUCCAGCCCUUCAAACCCUAAUUACAUAGCCAUGGCCAUCUAUUCUGACUUUUGUAAAUUGGCGAUUGCUAGACAUGGAGAUGAAGCAUGGACUACCAUACCAUGUGAAUGGAAUUCAUUUACUGAUGUCAUAUACUAUAAGGAAAAAUUUUAUGCCAUUAAUUGGGAAGGGAUAGUUGUGUCUUGUGAUGUUGGUGGUCAUCCCAAGACUACACUAAUCACUGCUCCAGUGAGACAAAGAAGUUAUGGUCAAAAGUACUUGGUUGAAUGUUCAGGUCAGCUAUUACAAGUUAUAAGAGACAUAGAAUUUAGAGAUAAUUUUCUUGAACAUAAAACAGCCAGGUUCAGUGUUUUCAGGCUAGACUUCUAUAGCAGGUUGUGGGUUGAGAUUAAAAGUUUGGGUGACCAUUCACUAUUUUUAGGUUAUAAUACUUCUUUCUCAUUUUUUUGUGACAAAUCUUUAGCAACACGGGUGAAGAGGAAUUGUAUUUAUUUCACAGAUGACUAUCUUGAAGCACAUCAUGGGCUUUCUAACUCGUCGGGUGGUAGUGACAAGGGAGUCUUUCACUUGGAAAAUGGAAAUGUUGAGCCACAUUAUUCUGGAGAUGGCUGGCAUCCUUUCUCGUUACCCAUUUGGUUUACUCCAAACAAAUAA